AUGGUCAUUCGCGCAAAGCGGCUUGCGAAGCUCGGAGGCCCAUCUCCCGCGAGUGCAUCCUCUAACGCGAUCUCAACGCCUUCCACAGCCCCGGCCUCGAGCAGUUCGACGCCUCCGCCUGUACAGAAGCAACCAACGCCCACCGCGCAGCCCACCACCACAUCAAAUCCCUUUUCGCAACUUGGAAUGAAAGCAGCGGAGAAGCCUGCGGGCGCACCAAAGAUAAACAUUAAGCCUAAACCUACAGAGCCAUUAAACGGCCGCAGCGCAACACCGAAGGGCCAAGAAGUCAGCCUGGAUGCCUGGACGGACCGCACCAUUAGCCAAACAUUCCGGAUAACGCUCGAUCCCGAACGCACAAAGGAUGCACAUGGUCACCGGUUAACCCUCGUCUCAGGCGUGCGGCGGGACCUUGAGGACGCGGGCGCUCCACUCCAAUUUACCCUCGAGAUGCUAGACAGCGCCAUUAUCGAGUCAGCACAAAGUGGCACAGAGGGCAAAGCAUUACGCUACCUGCUAGGGUGCUGGAAGCGCAUCUGUAGGCUGCUUCGCGGCAUGCAUAAUCGGGAAGAUCCCAGGUACGGGGUUGCUCAGGAAUGCCGAAGACUGUGCUUCAACUAUUGCAUCUUCGCCGCCACGAUGCCUGACGUAAUGUUUAAUGAGGAGCCUUCUACCAGCAACCCGUUGGCGGAGCAUUUACUUGUAGAUCCGGAAAACGACAGCGGUAUCUGCCACGAUUUUCUUAGCGAGGCUGUCUCACGUUUUGAAGACGAUGACAGCGUCAAGGAUUUGCUAGUCGGAGCGAUAGAAGAGCUCAGUCGGCGCUUAUCGAAGAUGACCAUGAACGAUGACUAUCGGCCGUACAUGCUGACCAUGCGCAAUUUUGUUCGCUACAAUCCAUUACUCGUUGCUAUGGCGCAAUCCGACUUUUUUCUACCGACUGACAUCGAAGCCCCGCAUAUCGAAAGGAUCAGUCUUCUCGGGCCGUUUUUCAGCAUUUCUCCUUUACAGGGUGAAGUAGCAAUGAACUACUUCUCGAGCCCUACCACGCGGGACAAGGGGUAUAUUAACAACUCCCAGCGAUCUUUACGGCUGGCGUUGCAGACGCACCAAGAUGAGCUUUUCGACAUCGCCAAUUGUUUCAUCAAGACAAAGGAAUCCCGGGAGAAGAUUCUGGACUGGUUUGCGCUAACCUUGAACAGGAACCACAAGCGACGUGCGAUGCGCGCUGAUCCGAAGCUCACCUCUUCAGAUGCCUUCAUGGUAAACAUAACCGUCAUUCUUGACAGGUUGUGUGAGCCUUUCAUGGACGCAACUUUCUCCAAAGUCGAUAGGAUCGAUAUCAACUAUUUGCGCCGAUCCCCUCGGGUGGAUAUCAAAGAUGAAACGAAAAUCAAUGCAGACCAACAAGAAUCCGAUACAUUCUAUGAGACCAAGGUGGAGGGAACGAACAAUUUUAUUACCGAGGUCUUCUUCUUGACCGUUGCGUCACAUCACUAUGGCUUGGAAGCGGCGAACAUGAAGCUCUCCGAGCUGCAAAAGGAGCUCAAGCACCUCGAGAAACAGCUCGCCCAGAUGGAGACCGAGAGACACAAAUAUGUCUCCAACGCUAUGCAGCUUUCUAUAUUUGAAGCACACAUCAGGCGGAUGAAAGACCGAAUUGAAAAGGGCCAUUGCGCCGUGUUCGCAACCCAAGGAGUUUUACAGGACGACACCCUCCAGGCUCGAUCCAUGCAGUUUAUGCGAUAUGUGAUCGUCUGGAUGCUCCGUUUGGUGUCACCUGGCACAAAAUAUCCCCAAGGCACUGUACAACUUCCCCUAGCACAGGAACAGCCUGAGAAUUUCAAGUGCUUACCUGAAUAUUUCAUUGAAGACAUUGGCGAUAACUUCAAAUUCAUUACGCGCUGGAUGCCUCACAUCAUCACAUCCACUCAGUCUGAAGAGCUGAUGAUUUACUGCAUAACGUUCCUCCGGAACUCCGAGUACAUCCGCAAUCCCGGCCUCAAAGCCCAACUUGUUCGCAUACUGUUCAAUGGUAUCUUCCCUGUUCCAGGCAGGUCAAAAGGUACGCUCGGAGACGCUUUGUUCGCUCAUAAGUUCGCUACGAAGCACUUGCUUCACGCGCUGAUGAAGUUCUUUUCUGAGUGCGAACGAGCGUAUGACAAGCUAUCGAUUCGAUACGAGAUCUUCCAAGUCAUCAAGUGUAUCUGGCCUAACCCCACCUACCGCGAGAAUUUGGCGACCGAAGCUCAAGUAAACCUGGAUUUCUUCGUCCAGUUCGUCAACUUACUGCUCAAUGAUGUUACCUAUGUACUGGAUGAGUCCUUCACGGCUUUUACACAGAUUCACGACCUUUCCUUUGAGCUGAAGGAUCCACAGUCGGAAGGAGAUGCGAACGCUCGCCAGGAAAAGGAGGAUAAGCUUGCGGCUGCUAAAGACAAAGCGAAGAACUACAUGAUGAUUACCAACGAGACUGUGGCGAUGUUGAAGCUGUUCACCGAAACGCUCAGCGACUCGUUCACAAAGAAAGAGGUCGUCGUCCGUCUUGCGCACAUGCUGGACUACAAUCUUGCCCUCCUGGUCGGCCCCAACAAGUCGAAGUUGAAGGUGGAGAACAUGCAGGAGUAUGGUUGGGACCCAAGGGCCAUGCUUGCGGACAUUUCCGAUGUGUAUCUAAAUCUGCAGGAAAAGAAGACCUUCAUCGAUGCCGUCGCCACAGACGAGCGAUCUUAUCGAGCUGAGUAUUGGGAAACUGCGGAAACCAUUCUCAAACGUUUUGCUCUCAAGUCCCCAGAGCAACUGACUGAGUGGAGCCAGCUUGCCGACAUUAUCAGAAAGACGAAGGAGGAGAUCGAAGCCGAGGAUGCGGACCUUGGUGAGAUCCCCGAGGAAUAUACGGACCCAUUGAUGGCGACUCUGAUGGAAGACCCUGUCAUCUUGCCGAGGAGUAGACAAACCGUCGACCGCACUACGGUUCGCGGCAUGUUGUUGAGCGAUCCUAUCGAUCCCUUCAACCGUACUCCUCUGAGCAUUGAGGAAGUUAUACCUAAUGACGCGCUAAGGGAAGAGAUUCAGGCGUGGAAGUCAGCCCGGCUCGCUGAGAAAAGGGCAGAACGCAAUGCCGCUGUCAGUGGCACAGAGGCCUCGGCAAUGGACGAGUCGUAG